CCUUAAUUAAAUGUGAGAAACCUAUUUUGGCAGCUUAAAUAAUAUGAAUAAAAUGAUUUAUUCAAAUGUAUUCUAUUCUAAUGAGCGAACCAAUACAGUGGGUAAUCCGUUUUUUCCAGAGGAGGAAAAGUUACAAAAUUAUUGGUGAGUAUUCAACAACGAAAACGGACCACAUGUCGUAUGAGCAAUUGAGUGCAACUAAGAUCGGGGGUGGCAAAAAUUAAUGGGUCAAGUAAAUGCGUUUCAAUAGGCCAUUGUGUGGGUGCAAAAUGCAAACUUGUUGAUAGGAAUUGUGCCACCCGAAUGAGGCGAGCAAAACAUGGGAAUCCACAACAAUGUCUCGGCGCCUGCGCCAUCCUGGAAAUCGGCAAACAUAAAGCUCCGUGGGACCGAAGGUCGGUGGGUGGUACGAUGGCGAUGGUUUUCACUUUCAAUAUUGAAAGCAGCGCCGGCGGCUGAAUGGAAACCGAAACCCCGCAACUGCGUCGCGUCCGAUUCGGAUUUAUAUUCAGUCGCAUUGUGCCUCGCGUGCGGCAAAGAUGUCCGCGACCACACCUCGCUGACGUCCAUCUGUGAAAUCUGUGGAAAAGCUCCCACGCUCCGUCAACCGAUUUCGUCGCACUUCCUGCCGAUACCCAGCAACAUGGGUCUGCGGGACACCAUUCGAAACCUACGGCCGGCAAGUCCCGGCCGGGACAAGUCAUCGGGCAUGGAGCUGCAGCACCGAAGUCCGCGAGGUGCAUGCCACCACAAUCAGGUGGCCGCCGUCCAGGUCACCGAGCAAUCAUUACAGGUAUGGCGCGCACUGCCCGCAGAGAUUCGUCACGAUCCCAGCAUGGCCAGUUUUCAGAUGGAGAACGAGAGAAUCCAUGGUUCCCCCGGCGGCGCCACUGACGACGAGGAUGAGGAGGGAUACGAGGAGGUCGAUAUAAAGAAAGUCAGUCGCAUUCAGGAUGAGCCCGGUUCCAGCUUUGCCGGCUCCGACUUUCUGGAUAUCAAGGCCAGGCCUGGUGAUGAGAAUGCCACCGACGAUGAGGUCACCACCCAUUCCGAUCACGAAGCGGCCAAUGGUGGUCCGGGCAAUGCCAAAUCACAGGCCCGCCGGAUUCAUCACAAAUCCAAGCGUUCCAAGGAGCAGCGACAGCGGGACAAAUUGUGGAAACGUGGUGGACUACUUGUCUUUUGGAUCCUGGCGGCAGUGGUGCUGAUUUCGGUGGGUGAAAAGCAUCUGCUGGAGAAGACCAUUGAGGUGCCAAUGGGCGAGGAGGGAAAGUUUUUCAAGCUGCUCCAAAAACCCACUGGUGACUUCCGCUUGAAGAUUCAUGGCGCUUUUAGAGAGCUCUCCACGCUGGAUGCCCCCGAAAAUGAGACUCUGAGCUUUGGAUUUCUGACUGUGCAGCCACAGGUGUCCACUUACAUUGGCGAGAAUCACAGCCAGGUGUUCCAGGAUAUACUUCCAGCCUGGCGUUUACCACUGCUCUCCGAGGAGGAACUGAUGCUGCGUGCUCCGGCUGUGGCCACCAAUCGCACGUACCAGAUGACCCAGGAGUUGGAUGAAAUUUUGGCUGGGAAGAACAGCGAAUUCCGCUUGCAUAUCUAUAGCGAUGUGGAGGUGAAUUUGGCCAUCGUUCUGAACUAUAAUCCCUUGAUAGUGAAUGCCAGGACAGGGAGCAUCCUGGCUGGUGUGAUCCUGCUGAUCUUCUAUGCGCUGCUGGUUUGGGAACUCUUCGAAAGAACCUUUGUGGCCAUGAUAUGUUCCAUUCUUUCGGUGACGGCUCUAGCCUGUUUUAAUGAUCGUCCCAAUAUGGAUGAGAUUAUCCAGUGGAUGGACAUGGAGCUACUGACUCUACUCUUCUGCAUGAUGCUGCUCAUUUUGAUACUGACUGAGACUGGCGUAUUCGACUACCUGGCCGUAUUUUGUUUCGAGAUAUCGGGUGGCAAGAUCUGGCCCAUGAUAUACAGCCUUUGUUUGGUCACCUGCCUGGUGUCCAGUGUGCUGGACAACAUGACAACCGUGCUGCUCCUGACCCCAGUGGCAAUCCGAUUGUGCGAGGUCAUGCAGUUGGAUCCCCUGCCCGUGGUGAUGGGCAUUAUAGUGCAUGCCAAUAUCGGAGGAGCCCUGACGCCCAUCGGAGAUCCCAUCAGUAUUAUAGUCAGCACCAAUCACUUUAUUGUGGAUAAUGAUGUAACUUUUCCCACAUUUGUGGCCCACACAUUUCCAGGUGUCAUUCUAGCAGUUAUUCAAAGUUGCGUGUACCUGCGCCUCUUCUAUCACAAUAUGGAUGCACUGCGUCUCAAUGAGCCCAAGGAGAUGAGUGAGCUGCGUAGGGAGAUGAAGGUGUGGCAGAGAGCCUUGAAUGCAGUGGCCUCCUGUUCCAAGGAUGCCCAGCUGGUGAGGGGAACGCUUCAGGCUAAGAUUAAGCAGCUGAAAAGAACACUCAGAAGAUUGCAAAAGGGUGUGGGCUCCACGGAGGUCUAUACGAAUACACUGGACGAGCUCAAGCAGAAGUACCCCAUCAAAAACAAGACCCUGCUAUUGCAAUCCGCUGGAGCCCUAAUCUUCGUCAUUGUUUGCUUCUUCAUCCAAUCCGUGCCGCACUGGAGGACAUUGCCGCUGGGUUGGGUGGCCCUGCUGGGUGUGAUCCUGCUGCUGAUCAUCCUCAAUCGCGAUGACAUGGAGCACUUGAUGCACCGCAUCGAGUGGACCACGCUGCUCUUCUUCGCCGCCAUGUUCGUGAUGAUGGAGUGCGUGGAGCGGUUGGGAAUCUUCUCCUGCAUCAGUGAGCUCACCGAGCACGUGAUCCUAUCGGUGGGGAAGAGUCAUCGCCUGGCCAUGGCCAUCUUUAUGAUAUUAUGGAUGUCGGCGCUGGCAUCCUCCAUAUUGGAUAGUAUUCCGGUGGCAGCCAUAAUGGUGAAGCUGGUGACCUCUCUGGUGGCCAAGCCAUCGCUGGGACUGCCCCUCCAGCCACUGGUUUGGGCUCUGACCCUGGGCGCUUCGAUGGGCGGGAAUGGAACGCUCUAUGGCGCCUCAGCCAAUGUCAUUGCAGCCGGAAUUGCCGAGCAGCAUGGCUAUAAGCUGUCCUUCACCCGAUAUCUGAGAACAGUUUUUCCCAUGAUGCUGGGACAGAUUACCCUGAUGACUGUCUAUCUACUGGUGGCGCAUGUGGUCUUUGAAUGGCAUUGAGAUUCUCUCUAUAAUUCCCUGAAUAAUAUAUUAUUGUAUCUAAUGAACAAUUUUUUUCACUUCGAAUCUAGUGGUCAUUUUGUGUGAGUUUUACUGUAGUCUUUGUCCUUUUACAUUCGCCUCUUGAUGUUUUUCAUGUGUUUUUGGCAUAUAAAAUAAGAGUAUUUAUAUUUAAGCGUUCAUUUGCGAUUGGCAAAUGUAUAAAAAUAUACUAUAAAUAUAAAAGUACAUAUGGUUUUCGUUCGCCCUCGUGGAAUUUGGCUGGACUGAUGGAAAUCACUUUUGGUAGUCUCUCAAGGCGGUGUUUUUAAUGUCGUGUGAAAUGUUUUAAAUUUAGACUAUAUUGUCUGAGGUCGAAGUGGGAAAAUCGUGAAAAUUCAACAGGCCAUAAAUACAAGACGAAGGAAAAUUAUAGAUUUGAUAUUCAAAUUUCAAUAAGAGCUCGUAGAACUACGAGUAGUUAGAUACAUUUAAAAUUCUAAGUAAUGUCUGUAUUUUAGAGAUUUCAAAGCAUUGCUCAAUAUAUAAACAUAUAAUAAGUUGAAUUACAAAUAUCAUAAUUCUCGUGCUUAUCCCAUAUGCACCUUGGUAGGAAAACAUAAACAAACGUAAAUAAUUCCUGAGACUGACCAUUGCCAAGUUCAAUGUUGACCAGAAUAUCCGCAUAUGAGAGUGCUUGCAUGUAUAUAAAACCGAGUAUAUAGCAUAUAGUAUAUGGUAAGACAACUGCUGGUCAAUAAAUGGGAACAAGACAAAGUGGAAAAGCAGCGAGGGAUUUCCUCGGGUGGUUGUUGCUAUAUAUUUGCUCUGCUACUGCAGCGCUUUCCACAGCGCUCGUUCCAUAGGUAAAUUGUAUUUUAAGUUCACAGACAAAUGGCCACGAGGGAUUG